CGUGGUGCUAAGGGCUAAGGGGCGUGGCUUUGCAGGCGUUGAGAUCCCUUGAGCCUUUGCGUGGCGCUAAGGCUGUUGGGAGUUUUCAUUUCUCAGCGUCGAGCGGUUGGGUCCGCCAUGUUCUCUCUCUGAUUGCCGUUGCUGGGCGCCACCUUUCCUUCACGUCGGUGGUCACUUUGUGGUGUCAUAAGGGUGUCGUAGGCUCAGAACAGGGAUCAGAAGAAACCGAAGCCAUAACGGCCAGAGAAAUCUGAGGCGACUCCGGAAAACCUGCCCUUCAGUUACAGACGGAAGUCUACGAUUAGAGCUUCUGGCUCCCAAGACGGGGAAAACGUUUGUGAAGAAUGAAAGCCUGAAGUAUUUGUCCUUGGUGUUUCAAGGGACAAAUGAAUAAACAAAGAAACUAAAAAAGGGACAUGACGGUCACAACUCGUGGCUCUCCAGUGGGAGAGAAUGAGAGCCAGGGACAGGCUCCUGAUGGGCAAUCUCAGCCUUCUUUCCAACAGAACCAGAUCUCAUCAUCUGAUUCUUCCAAUGAGAAUUCUCCAGCAACUCCUCCUGAUGAACAAGGCCAAGGUGAUGCUCCACCACAGCAUGAAGAAGAAGACCCUACAUUUCCUCAUGCUGACCUGGCAAAGUUAGAAGACAUGAUCAACAGACCCCGAUGGGUGGUUCCUGUUUUGCCAAAGGGGGAAUUGGAAGUACUUUUGGAAGCUUCUAUUGAUCUUACUAAAAAAGGCAUUGAUGCAAAAAGUGAAGCAUGCCAGCGGUUUUUCCGAGAUGUUUUAACUGUGUCUUUUACCAAAAUCCUUACGGAUGAGGCAGUGAGUGGAUGGAAGUUUGAAAUUCAUAGGUGCAUUAUAAACAACACCCAUCGCCUAAUGGAGCUUUGUGUGGCCAAAUUGUCUCAGGACUGGUUUCCAUUUCUAGAACUUCUGGCAAUAGCAUUAAAUCCUCAUUGCAAAUUUCAUGUCUAUAACGGUGCACGUCCAUGUGAAUCAGUGUCCUCAAGUGUUCAGUUUCCUGAAGAUGAACUCUUUGCCUGUUCUCCAGACCUACGUUCACCAAAAGGUUGGCUAGUGGAUCUCAUUAACACAUUUGGUACACUAAAUGGUUUCCAGAUUUUGCAUGAUCGUUUCAUUAGUGGAUCAGCAUUAAAUGUCCAAACAAUUGCAGCUCUUAUUAAGCCAUUUGGACAGUGCUGUGAGUAUCUUACUCAACAUACAUUAAAAAAGUACUUCAUUCCAGUUAUAGAAGUUGUUCCACAAUUACUACAAAAAUUAACCAAUGAAGAACUGAAAAAAGAAGCAAAGACUGAAGUGAAAAAUGAUGCUAUUUCAAUGAUUAUUAAAUUUCUAAAAAAUUUAGCCUCAAGAAUUCCAGGACAAGAAGAAACUGUUAAAAAUUUAGAAAUUUUUAGGUUAAAAAUGAUACUCAGAUUGCUACAGAUUUCUUCUUUUAAUGGGAAGAUGAAUGCGCUGAAUGAAAUUAACAAGGUGCUAUCAAGUGUGUCAUAUUAUACACAUCGGCAUGGUAAUUCUGAAGAAGAGUGGCUAACCGCUGAGCGAAUGGCAGAAUGGAUACAACAAAAUAAUAUCUUAUCCAUAGUCUUGCAAGAUAGCCUUCAUCAACCACAGUAUGUGGAAAAGCUAGAGAAGAUUCUUCGUUUUGUAAUUAAAGAAAAGGCUCUUACUUUACAGGAUCUUAAUAAUAUCUGGGCAGCACAGGCUGGAAAACAUGAAGCUAUUGUGAAGAAUGUACAUGACUUACUAGCAAAAUUGGCUUGGGAUUUUUCUCCUGAACAACUUGAUCAUCUUUUUGAUUGCUUUAAGGCUAGCUGGACAAAUGCAAGUAAAAAACAACGUGAAAAACUCCUUGAAUUGAUACGUCGUCUUGCCGAAGAUGAUAAAGAUGGUGUAAUGGCACAGAAAGUGUUGAAUCUUCUUUGGAAUCUUGCUCACAGUGAUGAUGUGCCUGUAGAUAUCAUGGAUCUGGCUCUCAGUGCCCACAUAAAAAUACUUGAUUACAGUUGUUCCCAGGAUCGAGAUACACAAAAGAUCCAGUGGAUAGACUGUUUUAUAGAAGAAUUUCGAACAAAUAAUAAAUGGGUUAUCCCUGCAUUAAAACAAAUUAAAGAGAUUUGUAGUUUGUUUGGUGAAGCACCUCAAAAUUUAAGUCAGACUCAUCGAAGUCCUCAUGUAUUUUAUCGCCAUGACUUAAUCAGCCAACUUCAGCAUAAUCAUGCUUUAGUUACUUUGGUAGCAGAAAACCUUGCAACUUACAUGAACAGCAUACGAUUGUAUGCUAGAGAUCAUGAAGAUUAUGACCCACAAACUAUAAGACUAGGAAGUAGAUACAGUCAUGUUCAAGAAGUCCAAGAACGGCUUAAUUUCCUCAGAUUCUUAUUGAAGGAUGGUCAACUCUGGCUCUGUGCUUCCCAGGCAAAACAAAUAUGGCACUGUUUAGCAGAGAAUGCAGUUUACUUUAGUGAUCGAGAAGCCUGUUUUAUGUGGUAUUCCAAAUUAAUGGGAGAUGAACCUGACUUAGAUCCUGAUAUCAAUAAGGAGUUUUUUGAAAGUAAUGUGCUUCAGCUUGAUCCUUCUCUAUUAACUGAAAAUGGAAUAAAAUGUUUUGAAAGAUUUUUCAAAACUGUUAAUUGUCGAGAAGGGAAACUAAUGAUAAAAAGAAAAGUCUACAUGAUGGAUGAUUUGGACUUAAUAGGAUUAGACUAUCUUUGGAAGGUUGUGAUUCAGAGUAAUGAUGAUAUUUCAAACAGAGCUAUAGAUCUCCUUAAAGAGAUAUAUACAAGCCUUGGUCCUAGAUUACAAGCUAAUCAGGUAGUUAUUCAUGAAGACUUUAUUCAAUCUUGCUUUGAUCGUAUGAAAUCGUCAUAUGAUACGUUGCAUGUUUUGGAUAGUGAUAAAGACAAUAUUUUUAGCUGUGCAAGACAAGAAGCCAUCCGAAUAGUUCGCAUAUUAACUGUUUUAAGGGAAUACAUAAGUGAAUGUGACAGUGAUUACCAUGAGGAAAGGAUGAUUCUGCCUAUGUCAAGAGCAUUCCGUGGGAAACACUUGUCUCUUACAGUUCGAUUUCCAAACCAGAGCAAAGAAGUUGAUGAUUUGGACAUACUGUCUCAUACGAAUGCUACCAUUGGUUCUGUGCGACGCUGCAUUCUCAAUCGUAUUAAUGCCAAUGUAACCCAUACAAAAAUUGAACUGUUUAUAGGUGGAGAGUUAAUAGAUUCUGAAGAUGACAGAAAGCUAGUUGAACAGUUAAAUUUGAAAGAUAAAUCACUAAUUACUGCUAAAUUUUUACAAAUAAAUUCCAACAUGCCUUCAAGUCCUGAUAGCUCAUCUGAUUCAUCAGCCGGAUCUCCUGGAAACCACUGUCAUAAUAACUAUAGAGAUGUUCCCAAUUCAGAAAUGGAAAAUUGUUUACCAGGCGUGAUAAUGUCACUGCAGCCCAGAUACGUAUCUUUCCUUUGGCAAGUUGCAGACUUAGGAAGCAUGUUGACUAUGCCAACUCUUAGAGAUGGAGCAAGAAUACUUAUGAAACUAAUGCCACCAGAUAACACAACUAUAGAAAACUUAAGAGCUGUAUGUUCAGACCAUUUAAAUCUUGGAGAAAGACGACUUGGUCAAUCUCUUCACUCACUUUUCUUUGGUUCUUCUGCCUCCAAAGUACUAUAUUUAACAGAGGUAGUUUACAUCCUGUUAAUGCCUGCCGGUGCACAUCUAGCUGAUAUUUCCUCUGACUUUCAGUAUCACUUCUUAAAAAAUGGUGGCUUGCCCCUUGUACUAAGUAUGCUGAUACAAAAUAACUUCUUACCAAAUACAGAUGUUGAAACUCGUAGAGAUGCUUACUUCAGUGCUCUUAAAAUAGCCAAACUGUUGCUAACUACCAUUGGCUAUGGCCAUGUCCAGGCCAUAGCAGAAGCUUGUCAGCCUGUUGCAGAUGGUACAGAUCCUAAAACACCGAUUAACCAAGCUACUCAUGAUCAAGCUGUGGUAUUACAAAAUGCCCUUCAGAGCAUUCCUAAUCCUUCUUCUGAGUGCAUGCUUAGGAAUGUAUCGAUUCGUCUUGCUCACCAAAUAUCAGGGUUGGCCUCAAGAUACAUACCUGAUAUUUGUGUUAUUAGAGCUAUACAAAAAAUCAUUUGGACAUCAGGAUGUGGAUCAUUAGAGCUAGUAUUUAGUCCACACGAAGAUAUCACAAAAACUUACAAGAUGACCACCAGUACUAGGAGUAAUCCAGAAGUGAAAGAUGAGCAAGUUUGCUGUGAAGCCCUAGAAGUAAUGACAUUAUGUUUUGCUUUAAUUCCAACUGCUUUGGAUUCACUCAGUAAAGAAAAGGCCUGGCAGUCAUUUGUCAUUGAUUUACUAUUGUACUGUCCUAGCAAAACUAUACGGCAGUUGGCACAGGAGCAGUUCUUUUUAAUAUGUACCAGAUGUUGCAUGGGACAUAGACCUUUGCUGUUCUUCAUUACUCUACUCUUUACCAUUUUGGGGAGUGCAGCAACGGAGAAGGGUAAACAUUCAGAUGUCUACUUUCCACUUUUAAGGCGUCUUCUCACUUAUGCUUACAACAGCAACAUUCACAUACCCAAUGUUGAUGUUCUUCUCAAUGACGAAAUUAAUUGGCUUAAAAGGGUUAGGGAUUACAUUAAAAAUACAGGCGAAACCAGUGUAGAAGACCCAAUCUUGGAAGGCCAUCUGGGAGUAACAAAAGAGUUACUGUCCUUUCAAACUCCCGAUAAAAAGUAUCAUAUUGGUUGUAAAGCAGGAGGUGCUAAUCUAGUUAAAGAAUUAAUUGAUGAUUUCAUCUUUCCUGCAUCCAAAGCUUACCUGCAAUAUUCAAGAAGUGGGGAAAUGCCAAACAAACAAACUAUUCCAGUCUGUGGUUCACCAGCCACAGUUAAUGCUGGUUUUGAGCUACUUGUAGCUUUGGCUUUUGGUUGUGUACGGAAUCUUAAACAGAUAGUAAACUGUUUGACUGAAAUGUUUUACAUAGGCACACCUGUAAAUACACUUGCUGAAUGGGAAUAUUUACCACCUGUUGGACCCCGCCCACCAAAAGGAUUUGUGGGACUCAAAAAUGCUGGUGCUACUUGUUAUAUGAAUUCUGUGAUUCAACAGCUGUACAUGAUUCCUUCAAUCAGGAACAGUAUUCUUGCAAUUGAAAACAUAUGGAAUGAUACAGAUGAUGAUACAUUCAAAGAUGAAAGGCAGGACAGUGAAAAUAAUAUUGAUCCCAGAGAUGAUGUAUUUGGAUAUCCUCAUCAAUUUGAAGAUAAACCAACAUUAAAUAAAGCAGAAGAUCGAAAAGACUACAACAUUGGUGUUUUAAAACACCUUCAGAUAACCUUUGGACAUUUGGCUGCUUCUCAACUACAGUACUAUGUGCCAAGAGGAUUUUGGCAACAAUUCAGGCUUUGGGGUGAGCCUGUUAAUCUCCGUGAGCAACAUGAUGCAUUAGAGUUUUUUAAUUCUUUGGUGGAUAGUUUAGAUGAAGCUUUUAAAGCUUUAGGACAUCCAACUCUGCUAAGUAAAGUUCUUGGAGGAUCCUUUGCUGAUCAAAAGAUUUGCCAAGGCUGCCCACAUAGGUAUGAAUGUGAAGAAUCUUUUACAACUUUAAACGUAGACAUUAGAAAUCACCAAAAUCUUCUUGAUUCCUUGGAACAGUAUAUUAAAGGAGAUUUAUUAGAGGGUGCAAAUGCAUAUCACUGUGAAAAAUGUGAUAAAAAGGUUGAUACAGUAAAGCGCCUACUGAUUAAAAAACUACCUUCUGUUCUUGCUAUCCAACUGAAACGUUUUGACUAUGAUUGGGAAAGAGAAUGUGCAAUCAAAUUCAAUGAUUACUUUGAAUUUCCAAGAGAAUUAGAUAUGGAACCUUAUACAGUGGCAGGUGCCACAAAGCUGGAAGGUGACGGUGUACAUCCACAGACUCAAUUGAUUAAGCAAAAUGAGCAGUCUGAAAAUGUGGUACCAGGAAGCACAAAAUACAGACUUGUUGGUGUGCUUGUACACAGUGGCCAAGCAAAUGGUGGACAUUAUUAUUCUUAUAUCAUUCAAAGGAAUGGUAAAGACAAUAAUAGAGGUCGCUGGUUCAAAUUUGAUGAUGGAGACGUAACAGAAUGUAAAAUGGAUGAUGAUGAAGAAAUGAAAAAUCAGUGCUUUGGUGGGGAGUAUAUGGGAGAAGUUUUUGAUCAUAUGAUGAAGCGUAUGUCAUACAGGCGUCAGAAAAGAUGGUGGAAUGCUUAUAUUCUUUUUUAUGAACGGAUGGAUAUAACUGAUGAAGAUAAUGAGAUGAUAACAUAUUUGUCAGAGCUAACAAUUACCAGACCUCAUCAGAUUAUGUCACCAGCUAUUGAGAGAAGUGUAUGGAAACAGAAUGUGCAAUUCCUGCAUAAUCAAAUGCAAUUUAGCUUAGAAUAUUUUCAGUUUAUUAAAAAACUGCUUACAUGUAAUGCUGUAUACUUAAACCCUGCUCCAGGACAAGAUCACUUACCACCAGAAGCAGAAGAUAUAACAAUGAUCAGCAUUCAGCUUGCUGCUAGAUUCCUCUUUACAACUGGAUUUCAUACUAAGAAAAUUGUCCGCGGACCUGCCAAUGACUGGUAUGACGCGCUGUGCAUUCUCCUCCGUCACAGCAAGAAUGUGCGUUUUUGGUUUGCUCAUAAUGUCCUUUUUAAUGUAUCAAACCGUUUCUCUGAGUACCUUCUGGAAUGUCCAAGUGCAGAAGUCAGAGGUACAUUUGCAAAGCUUAUAGUUUUUAUUGCACAUUUUUCUUUGCAAGAUGGAUCUUCUUCAUCUUUUGCAUCACCUUUUGCAACUCCAGGACCUUAUAGUCAGAUCUAUGACAAUUUGAGUUUGAGCGAUCAUUUGCUAAAAGCAGUAUUAAGUCUCUUGAGAAGGGAAGUUUCUGAACAUGGGCGACAUUUACAACAGUAUUUCAAUUUAUUUAUAAUGUAUGCCAGUUUAGGUUUGGCAGAAAAGACCCAGCUUCUAAAACUGAAUGUACCUACAACCUUUAUGCUUGUGUCUUUGGAUGAAGGCCCAGGUCCUCCAAUUAAAUAUCAAUAUGCUGAGUUAGGCAAGCUACAUUCAGUAGUAUCUCAGCUGAUCCGAUGUUGCAGUGUCUCAUCAAGAAUGCAGUCCUCUAUAAAUGGUAAUCCCCCUCUUCCAAAUCCAUUUGGUGACCCAAAUUUAUCACAGCCUAUAAUGCCAAUUCAGCAGAAUGUGGCUGACAUUUUAUUUAUGAGAACCACUUAUGUGAAAAAAAUUAUUGAAGACUGCAGUAACUCAGAGGAAACAGUCAAAUUACUUCGCUUCUGCUGCUGGGAGAAUCCCCAGUUUUCAUGUUCUGUUCUCAGCGAACUGCUAUGGCAGGUUGCAUAUUCAUAUGCAUAUGAACUUCAGCCAUACUUGGAUCUACUUUUGCAAAUUAUUCUGCUUGAAGACUCCUGGCAAGCUCACAGAAUUCAUAAUGCACUUAAAGGAAUACCAAGUGAUCGAGAUGGACUGUUUGAUACAAUCCAGCACUUUAAAAAUCAUCAUCAGAAAAGAGCCUAUCAAUGUAUAAAAUGGAUGGUAACUCUCUUUAACAGCUGUCCUGUUGCCUACCAGAUCUUACAGGGGAAUGGAGACCUUAAAAAAAAGUGGACCUGGGCUGUGGAAUGGCUUGGAGACGAACUUGAAAGAAAGCCAUAUUCUGGCAAUCCUCACUACACUUACAGCAACUGGUCUCCUCCAAUACAAAGCAAUGAAACAGCAAAUGGUUAUUUUUUAGAGAGAUCUCAUAGUGCAAGAAUGACACUUGCAAAAGCUUGUGAUCUGUGUCCAGAAGAGGACACUGAUGACCAAGAUGCCCCAGAUGAGCAUGAGUCACCUGCACCACAAGAAAGAACAUUUUAUCUUUAUUCUCAUAGAUCUCAGUAUCAACAGAGUUAUGUACCUGAACAGCCAUAUUCAGGUUUAACAGAACAUCACUUGAAUGAACCUCAGAAAAAUGAUGAACCACAAGAAACUCAUGAAAGCAGUGAAGAAGAAUCUUCAUCUCUAAUAAAAGAUCAGUGACACAAAUAAUUAUCUGGUGUGUUGUAUCCAUAUAUCCUGGCCUUAUAUUAAAAACUUUUUCUGUACUUGGUUAUUAUUUAAAACUAUAAAAAUGUCCCAAACAAAUCUGAGUGGAAAGUAUAUGCAGUGUAAUUUACUGUGGUUAUAUACACAACCUGCUGUGAAAUAUGUAUAGUGUUUAAUCCACUUUUUAUUUUAUGUUUUUAUUGGGUAUUUUCUUUAGUUACAUUUCAAAUGUUAUUCCCUUUCCCCAUUUCCCCCCUGGAAAACCCAUCCAUUUCCCCUCUCCCUUCCUCUAUGAGAAUGUUUCCCCACCCUCCCACCCUGUCCCAUCUCCCUGCACUGGCUUUUUCCCUACACCCUACAUGGGGGCAUUGAGCUUUCACAGGGCCAAGGGCCUCUCCUCUCAUUGAUGCCCAACCAAGCCAUCCUCUGCUAUAUAUGUGGCUGGAGCCAUAGGUCUCUCCAUGUGUACUGUUUGAAUGGUGGUUUAGUAUUUAAUUCUUUGUUGGUUUAUUUGUUUGUUUGCAAUUUUAAAAUGUCAUGAUAAAUCUUUUUUUAAUUUUUAUUUAUUUACAUUCAUUUAUUUACAUUUCAAAUUACCUGGUUUCCCAUCCAUAAACCUUCAUCUCAUCCUCCCACCCCCUCCUUCUAUGAGGGUACCACCCAGCCACCCAACCUUUCCCCUUCCCUGCCUUGACAUUCCCCUGCACUGGGGGUCCAGCCUUGGCAGUACCAAGGACUUCCCCUUCCCUGGUGCCCAAGAAGGCUAUUCUCUGCUGCAUAUGCAGUUGGAACCCUGGGUCAGUCCAUGUAUAGUCUUUCAGUAGUGGUUUAGUCCCUGGAAGUUCUGGUUGGUUGGCAUUGUUGUUUUUAUUGAUAUGGUUGCAAGCUCCUUCAACUCUUUGAAUCCUUCCUCUAAUUCCUCCCAAGGGGGUCCUAUUCUCAGUUCAGUGGUUUGCUGCUACCAUUGACCUCUGUAUUGGACAUCCUCUAGAUGUGUCUCUCAGGAGACAUCUAUAUCCAGUUCCUGUCAGCAUGCACUUCUUAGCUUCAUCGUCUUAUGUAGUUUUAGUGGCUGUAUAUAUGUAUGGGCAACAUGUGAGGCAGGCACUGAAUGGCCAUUUCUUCAGACUCUGCUCUAAACUUUGCCUCCAUAUCCCCUCCUAUGGGUAUUUUUGUUCCCCUUUAAAGAAAGAGUGAAGCAUCCACACUUUGGUCAUUCUUCUUCAACUUCAUAGUGUUUAAUUCUUAAUGUCUAAUACUACUACACAACCUGAAAUAUAUGUACAAUAUAUUGUCUGACUGUUAAUUCUCAUUCUCAAGAGAGUAAUAACAAAUACCUGCCAUACCAGAAUGUGUAGAAGCAUAGUAGAAGAUAGACAGAUAGAUAGACUUGGGUAGAUUUUUAGGUUAAGGUUUGCAAACUUUUCCCAGCAGUAUUGUGGAUUAAGUGGAUAUCAGAAUCCACAGCAUUUUGAGAUGUUAUUUUCUAAUCUAUCCGUCUUAUUUUCUAGUAAUUAUCAAUAUUACAAUAACUGUUACUGUUCACUAAAAGGCUUAGUUAAGACAGUAACAGCGAAAAUAAUUCUGAGAAUAUAUUCAAACAUUUCAGACUUAAGAUUGUCAGACAUUCUUAAAUUGGUACUAUUUUUUAAGUGGUAACUUUAAUAUGUGUUGUACUUUAGAAAUUCUCUAAAAGACAAAUAUUCUUAAAACAAUGCAAC